AUGUCGAAUUGGGUUGGUUAUGCUGUUUCUGUUAAUUGUGGCGAGCCACUUGGAUGUUAUCAGGGGACAAUCCUAGAAACCGAUGGCAGUACUAUAACCCUUACUAAAGCCUUCAGAAACGGAUUUCCGUAUCCUAAAUCUCAGGUCACUCUCAACGCUGCUGACAUAAAGGAUUUGAAAAUAAUAGAGGAGUCACGACCAGAACCAGUAAAACAAACUCACAGCACAGUAGCAGUCACCAAGAGUAAUAAAAAAGGGCAACGUGCUACGGUGUGUGAGAACUUACAAGCCAAUCCAUCUAAUGUAACUAGUGCAGUUAAUAAUCAGCAAAUUAUAAGUAAUGUGAAUCAAACACAUGCUUCAAAACCUGUUACCUCCACAAGAAGUACUGGUCAGGGGCCAACACGAAGCAAGCCUAUUGAUAUCCAAUCCUUGAAGAUCAAUAAAAAUAAUAAUCAUGCAGGGUGCCAGACUGGCAGUUGGGGCGCUGGUGGUGUGGGGGGAGUGGGGGGCUCGACGCCCGGCGGGAGGGGGCGCGGCACUGCGCAGGAGAAGGCGCGGCGUCGCAACGAGGCGUGCUUCGGCGAUGCUGCAGAACCUGCGCUGCUCGACGAUUUUGACUUCGAGGGCAACCUCGCACUCUUCGACAAGCAGGCGCUGUGGGAGCAGAUGCGCAACGAGACGCGGCCGGAUGUGGUGCGCGGCGCGGAGGAGGCUGGCGGGGGUGGGGGCGGGGGCGGGGGCGGCGCGCAGCUGCGCCACGACGAGAGCGUGCUGGGCGCGGCGCCGGCGGCUCCGCGCGCGCUGUGGCUGCCGGACGAGCUGCGCGGUCCGCUCGACUACCGCACGGACGACGGCGUGCUGCUGCCCAGCGCCACCAGUGCGCUGCGCCGCAGACUGUGGACCGCUUUACGCGAGAGCUCUCCCGCCGCGGCCCUGUGCGCGCACGUGCUGCUGGCGCGCGCGUGCGCCGACGUGGCGCUGCGGCUGGUGGGCGGCGGGCGGCGGCUGGACGCGCGCAACGCGCACCAGGCGCCCGUGUGCGUGGCGCUGGCGGGCGCGCACCGCAUCGGCGCCGCGGCAGUGCUCUGUGCGCGCCUGCUGCACGCACACGCGGCGCGCGCGCACGUGCUGCCCGCAGGUACGUGCACCGUGCAGUGCAGUACAGUACGUGUGCGUGGCGCUGGCGGGCGCGCACCGCAUCGGCGCCGCGGCAGUGCUCUGUGCGCGCCUGCUGCACGCACACGCGGCGCGCGCGCACGUGCUGCCCGCAGGUACGUGCACCGUGCAGUGCAGUACAGUACGUGUGCGUGGCGCUGGCGGGCGCGCACCGCACCGGCGCCGCGGCAGUGCUCUGUGCGCGCCUGCUGCACGCACACGCGGCGCGCGCGCACGUGCUGCCCGCAGGUACGUGCACCGUGCAGUGCAGUACAGUACGUGUGCGUGGCGCUGGCGGGCGCGCACCGCACCGGCGCCGCGGCAGUGCUCUGUGCGCGCCUGCUGCACGCACACGCGGCGCGCGCGCACGUGCUGCCCGCAGGAGAUGCCGUAGCCGCAGGGAACUGCUCACUGCUUCAGAGGGAAUUGGCCGAGUUUAAGCUGAGCGGCGGUAAGGUGGCGAGCUGUACGGAGGCGUUGCCCAGUCCUGAUCUGGUGAUCAUCGGGCUGCACGACCCGCAAGAGCCACAUGAUCCCGAGCAGUACGAGGAGGCGCUGCGCUGGGUGUCGGGGUCGCGCGGCGCGGUGGUGGCGCUUGAGCCGCCGGGCGAGGGAGGCGGCGGGUGGGGCGGCGUGCGCGCGCGCGCCGCGCUGCUGGGGCUGCUGCCGGCCGCGCUGCCGCCGGCGCUCGGGCGCGCGUACCUCGCCAACCUGGCGCCGCCGCCCGCCAUCUUCCGCGACCGCGCGCUGCCCUACCGCCCGCCCUUCGGCGCCGCCGCGCUGCUGCCGUUGCACCCGCACCCGCACUAG